AUGCCAUACCUCAAACUUCGAGACGGAGCCGAGCUUUUCUACAAGGAUUGGGGCAACCCAGAAGGCCAGAUCGUUACCUUCUCGCAUGGCUGGCCGCUCAGCAGCGACAAUUGGGAGAAUCAAAUGUUUUUCCUAGCCGAGCAUGGCUACCGUGUCAUAGGGCACGACCGACGGGGUCAUGGACGAUCUACCCAGACCUGGAACGGCAACAACAUGGACACAUUCGUGGAUGACCUGCAGGAGCUUUUCGAGCAUCUGGACAUUAAAGAUGCCAUGAUGGUUGGGCAUUCCCAUGGUGGAGGAGAAGUGACCCAUUUUCUGGGCAAGCAUGGUACCAGCCGCGUCAAGAAGGCCGUGCUCGUCGGAGCUGUGCCUCCCCUUAUGCUCAAGUCCGCAGUAAACCCAGAGGGAACAGAUAAGGCAGUCUUCGACUCCUUUCGCCUAGCAAUGCUCAAAGACCGAGCGCAGUUCUUUCUGGACGUUCCCAGCGGACCAUUCUUUAAUUUCAACCGGGCUGGGGUCCAGAAAAGCGAGGGCCAAAUUCGGAGUUGGUGGCAGCAGGGCAUGAACACUAGUUUUAAGACGGCGUACGACGCAAUCAAGGACUUUUCGGAGACAGACUUCACGGAGGAUCUGAAGAGAAUUGAUAUUCCAGUCCUGGUUCUUCACGGUGACGAUGACCAAGUCGUUCCCAUUCAGGCAUCCGGAUAUAAAUCCGUCAAGCUUUUGCAACAAGGGAAGCUAAAGGUGUACCCUGGAGGGUCUCACGCCAUCCACAACAUUAAUGUCGAUGAAGUCAACAAAGAUCUUCUCAACUUCCUGCAGUCCUAA